AUGUGCGAUUACACACAAAGAGAAUACUCGUGCGGCCACUUCCGCUGGAUCGCCUCCAAGUGGUGCAAUGACUACCAGAUCACCCACAAGAGGUGUCAACCCAACGUCACACAUUUCGAAUACAGGGCAGAUGAACUUUGUGGCGAGUGCAAGCCGAAAACAUACCCGCCGUGGGAGAACAUGAUCAAGCGCCCUAAGCACAGCAGCUAUUCUUCCUACUAG